CGAAUUAAUAAUGAAGAUACCACAAUUUACCCCCAAUGAUACCGGAGGCCGGAACCCGGCAUGUUAUUGUCGUCCGCCUAAGAGACGCAGGGCCCCAGGCCCAAUCCCACAGAAUCCCACAAUGUCAGCCACCAAGGAGUCCCCAUAAUUACCGUCACACGCGUACCUGCCCAAUACAGUACAUCCUUGCCAUCCUUACGGAGCACUUCCGUCCUGCUCUUAUCAUCCGUCACCCGCUGAGAUCACCACUUUCUUAUCUUUCCCUCCCUUCCCACUCGCCCUGCUUCAACCUUCCCUUUUCUCCUCACUACUUCUUCGAGUCCUUCUAUCGGUUUUCUCUCGCCAUAUAUACUCCCAAUCCUUUCAUACACCCCAACACCAUCACAUACCUCGCCCACCUACUUGGACGCACACUCCUCCUUCCUCCCACCAACACCAGUCCACUCACUUCGGCUACUGGUGUAUCUCCCGACAUCUACGCCGGGAGACACCCACAAGAAUCAUUCCUCCUACCCAUGUAUCUCGCCCAGACGCUCGAUCAGAGUGCCUCCUCCGGCCACGGCUACGCAGCAAAAUACUAGACUGGCAUGAUACGUUAAGAUGAUGGUCCCGAGAGCCUUUCUCUUUACUUCUGCGCCACCACAGAAAGCGAUGCAGCCUUAUGGCCUGAAAGACCACCCUUUAUCCUUCGGCUCCGAUCACCUCGACCGUCCUCCAACUCAACAUGUGGAGAUGACCUAUUCGGCCAUGACCACUCCUGUGGUCAUCCCACCAAAACGUGGCUCACGUACCCCGAUGCAUCGAGAAGCGCGGUCCCGUACCCCUUCCAAACCGUCGGCCUCGUCUCGCAGAUCCUCCUCGUCUUCUUCUAAUGAUCGUCCUUUACCACCGUCGGUUGCCUCCAUGUUGGAUGCAACGGCGAUCCCUGUGCCACGCCGGUCGUGGUCCACUCGGAGGCCCCGCAAACUCCCGCGAGGGAACCAUGUGGAAGAGUUCAGCCGCAUCAUGCAGGAAGGACUGAAGUCCAAGGAAGAUUACCUGAUGGGAGGUACGGGCAACUCACCCUUGGAUAUUCUGUUGAGCCCACCGGACGAAGAGAACGAGAAGUAUUCAACCGGCCCCGAGUCGGAGAUGGAAUCCCCGUUCUCUGUGCGCUCGGUAUCAAGCGACUCGAUGCCAUCUUUGGAGCCCGAUCUGGGCUCUCCUCUGAGUUCACCUCAACCGCCCACCCCCGGCAGUCACAAGAGUUCGUCCGAGAGACGGCCGUUGCGAUAUUCACCUGCCGAAGACUGCGCUCUUGAUCACCCUCUACUCGAAACAGAUAUGGAUGAUUGUGAGAUUGUCAUAUUGGAGAGUCAUCAUGAACCGAUUAUGAAUGAUACAGUCUCGUUAAAGCACACUGCAUCCUCGCGAUCAUUCCCAAGUUUAAGAUCAUCCUUCAAGUCGAACCUCACAGCCUCCCUCCGAGCCAUCAAAUCUGCCGCUCAGUCGGUUUCAACCUUUACCACUCCUUCUGUCCAACCGGAAGACUUCCUCACACGGUCUUUGUUCACCAUCACUCCUGAAAUGACCGAUGACCGCCGUCCAGCGCCAAUGCAAGAGCCCCCAUCUCCAGCUCUGCGACGGUACUUAAAUCCCACCCCCAUCUCUCCUGCCGAGAUGUGCGUCUAUCACGAUCACCCUCACGAUAGAUCCGACCCAAACAGUACCUGUGCUGUCUCGAUUCAAAUGCAAACCUACCGCCGCUCCCGAGGCCGGGGUAACCGGCGCAGCCACUUCCACGUUGUUGCACCCAAGAACCGCGAUCAAUAUCAUACGUUCGAUCCGGAGGUACCACCAAUGUCACGUCAGCGUGAACCUCGCGAGAACUGCGAUUUCCUCCGUAUGGUCGUUCUCGAGAUGAACAUGCGUCGUAGUGGCAAGCUCCGUGAGGAUAUUCCCACACGGGCGCGCAUCAUGCUCCCUCCUCGUAAGAGUAAUCCCUAUCGUUUGACUGGGGACUACGAGUAUGGUGAUGAUAACGACGCCGUGCCGGCCCGGUGGGUAGGCAUCUUGGCUUGAACCGUCACCCCUUCAGAUAACAAUUACAACCCUUGGAGAAGCCCAAGGCUGCGCCGGGCGCAGCCGCUCUCUGUACAUGCACUUGACAUUUUUCCCUCUUUCUUGCACCAGCGCGGCGUUGGAUCCGGAUACAAGUGUUAGCCGACACCAUUUCCUUUCUCAUUUCUUGUGACAUACCCUUUUUUCGAAAUCUUUGACGGCCUUGAGCCUUGCUAUUUUCUAUAAACCCCUAAAUAUUUCUAAAAUCACAAAAACAUCCAAAAUCUCUCGGUUCUUUUUUUGCCUCAUUGGCCUGGUAACGGUAAUACUGUGUUCGCUCUCGAGCCGCCCUAGUGCUGCAUCGUGAUAUCAUCC